UUUUUUGAUCGAUGAACUUUUUGAUUUAAAACAGAAUUGGUUAUGUAUAUUUGUUAGUAAUCACGCAUUAGUUUAGUGUUAAUGACUCAUUUUCCAGGAUAUUCUGCAGAAAAAGUGAAAUUGUUUUUAAACCGUUUCACUUUCGAAUUCUUUGUUACGCACAAGGAAAUUAUCGUUGACGCUUCGUCGAUCGCCCUCGUUAUUUUGGAAAACCUAACACGUAGACUAUAGAAAAUAACCUAAAUAUAAUUUAUCCACAUUAAUACAUAAUGGCUCUCUUCGACGUAAGUGGGUUUAAGUCUUAUUCUGAACUCCGUAGGCAGAUUUUUCCAGCCGGACAGACGCAUCUCGUCGACCGAACCAACCACUACAAUUUUGGGACCAAAACUCAGGAAUUCGCUGUACCUGUGGGUGCAGACCCCUCAGGUUUUCUCAAGUCCUGCAACCAUGACUCAGGUGUGUGUAUUGAGAUGAACCACGGUACGACCACCCUGGCCUUCAAGUUCAGACACGGGGUCAUCGUGGCUGUGGACUCCAGAGCCUCAGCUGGUCGUUACUUAGCAUCCAACGAUGUCAACAAGGUCAUAGAGAUCAACCCGUACCUGCUGGGCACCAUGUCAGGCAGCGCUGCAGACUGUCAGUACUGGGAGAGACUCCUGGCUAAAGAGUGCAGGUUGUACAGGCUGAGGAACAACCACAGGAUCUCUGUGGCUGCUGCCUCCAAGCUGCUGUCUAACAUGAUGCUGGGUUACAGAGGAAUGGGCCUGUCCAUGGGCAGCAUGAUCUGUGGGUGGGACAAAGAGGGUCCUGGUCUGUACUACGUGGAUGAUAAUGGGACGCGUAUGUCGGGUCGUAUGUUCUCUACCGGCUGUGGGAACAGUUACGCCUACGGUGUGGUGGACAGCGGUUACAGGGAAGACAUGACGGUGGAGGAGGCGUAUGAACUGGGCCGUCGAGGCAUCGCUCACGCUACACACAGAGACGCCUACUCUGGUGGAGUGGUCAACAUGUACCACAUGCAGGAGGACGGCUGGAUUAAAGUGUGUAAAGAAGACGUAUCAGAGUUGAUCCAUCGCUACAGGAAGGGGAUGUUCUGAGCUUGAUCCCUGAACCUGGAUUAACUGUAACACAAAAGGGUCCAGUCACAGGUUUCUUUACAAAAGGAUGUUGUUGUUUUUUUUAACUGAGUUACUUUGGUGUGGGGGACAAAAUUCUUUGGGUGAAAAGACACAAAUUGUUUUACGUGAGAUUUUGGAAAUAAAUGACUUCACAUUCACUACACAGCAGAAAGUGUGUGGCCCAUUUCUGGUUUUGGAUCAAUAAAAUGUCACUUUUUUUUUUUUCCAUGCAUAUGAAUCCAGGUUCAAAUCGUCAUCAUUAAAUCAUUAUUUGGUUAUUGUUCUGUAUAUGCUGCAAUGUUGGUACCUGUUGAUAGUAUAACUCUCCAGGUUUGUUCCAGUUAAGUGUUUCAUGAUUUCUGACCAUAUUUCUUGUUAAAAUAACAACACAACACACAGUUUGAAAUAAAGACUGUUGUUUAACUCACUGA